UCGAGGGGGGAAGAGAGAGGGGAUGAGAUAAGUCUCACGAUGAACGAAAGAUGUGCAUCGUUCUGUUGUUAUAGUUCAGAAGUUAAUCUUAAGAAACGGUUGCAAGUAUUUGGAUCAGCAAGGAUUAUCAUUGAAUAGAAAGAAAAAAAAACACUAUGGGCACGUCAAUUUAUGAUAAAAAAUCAGCCAUGCUUAGAACAAAUUGGACAAUAUCAAAAAUGAUGGAACGAGGAUUACAUGAUCGUGAUCGCGUUGGUCUUCAAGAUUUUAUUCUUCUCGAGGACUUUCAAAGUGAAUCUGCAUUUAUUGAUAAUCUUCGCAAAAGAUUUAAGGAAGAUCUUAUCUAUACGUACAUCGGACAAGUAUUGGUUUCUGUUAAUCCUUAUAAAAAGCUCCCUAUUUAUGAUACUGACUCUAUACAAUAUUACCAUAAAAGACAUUUUUUUGAAGCCCCACCGCAUAUUUUUGCAUUAACUGAUACUGCUUAUCAAUCUCUAAUUCAAGAGAAUCAUGAUCAAUGCAUUCUCAUUUCAGGUGAAUCUGGUUCUGGAAAAACAGAAGCAUCGAAGAAAAUAUUGGAAUUUAUAGCCAUCGGAACUGGAUAUAAAAAGGAGGUAGAAGAAGUGAAUAAGAAAUUAAUCGGUAGUAAUCCGGUACUUGAGGCAUUUGGUAAUGCGAAAACCAAUCGUAACGAUAAUUCAUCACGUUUUGGCAAAUACAUGGAUAUGCAGUUUAGCAAAUAUGGAGAUCCAAUCGGUGGAAAUAUUUUAAAUUAUCUUUUAGAGAAAUCACGUGUGGUACAUCAAUUCCCAGGUGAACGUAAUUUUCAUAUAUUUUAUCAACUUUUGACUGGAGCUGAUGAAGAAACUCUUAACAAACUUUCUCUCCAACGUAACUUGGACGCUUACGUUUAUUUAAGUAAUGGGACAAAAGAUUCUGUGAAUACUAUCGAUGAUAUCAAUCAGUACAAUGAAGUAAUAAAAGCUUUACAAACUAUGGAAAUAACAGAUGAAGAACAAAAUUGCUUAUUUGCCAUAGUUGCAUCCGUGUUACAUCUGGGAAACAUUGGUUUUACAGAAGAAAAUGGACUUGCAAAGAUAUUACACUUUAACUCUAUCAAUACAAUUUGUAGUUUAUUAGGUUGCAGUGUAAACAAUUUGAUCAAGGCUUUAACUCAUCGUACUAUAGAUGCACAAGGUGACAUUGUAAUCUCUCCAUUAAAUAGAGAAUUAGCAAUAUAUGCUCGAGAUGCAUUGGCAAAAGCUAUGUAUGAUAGAUUAUUUACAUGGCUCAUCAAUAGAUUAAAUAAAUCAUUACAACGACCUAUGAAUCUAAAAAAUUAUGUGGUCAUAGGAAUACUUGAUAUUUAUGGAUUUGAAAUUUUUCAAAAAAACAGUUUUGAACAAUUUUGCAUCAAUUUUUGCAAUGAAAAACUACAACAAUUAUUUAUACAACUCACUUUAAAAUCAGAGCAAGAAGAAUAUUUGAGAGAAGGUAUUACUUGGGAAAACAUUCAAUACUUUAAUAACAAAGUUAUAUGUGAUUUAAUAGAGGAAACACAUAAAGGAAUAAUAGCUUUCUUGGAUGAAGAAUGUUUACGUCCAGGGGAUCCAACAGAUAUAAGUUUUCUUGAAAAAUUAAAUAAACGUUUACAUAGCCAUCCACACUAUAUAAGUCACAUAAAAGCAGACAUUAAGACACAGAAGAUAAUGGGUCGAGAUGAAUUUCGUUUAAUACAUUAUGCUGGAGAAGUAACAUAUAAUGUACGUGGAUUCCUUGAAAAAAAUAAUGAUUUAUUAUUUAGAGAUUUACGUGAAGUAAUGUCUCAAACAAAAAAUAUAAUCACAAAGGCUACAUUUAACUUGAAAAAUGUAAUUAGUAGAAAACGACCAGAAACUGCUAUAACUCAAUUUAAGAAUAGUUUAAAUAAUCUCAUGGAAAUAUUAAUAGGCAAAGAACCUUCUUAUAUCAGAUGCAUCAAACCUAAUGAUUUCAAAUUGCCUAGUCGAUUUGACGAUAAGAUUGUAUUACAUCAAGUUAAAUAUCUCGGUUUAAUGGAAAAUUUACGAGUGAGACGUGCUGGUUUUGCUUAUAGAAAAUUAUAUGCACAAUUCUUAGAUCGUUAUAAGUCCCUCUGUCCAGAGACUUGGCCACAUUACCGUGGCCCAGCUAAAGAAGGAGUACAAGUGCUUGUCUAUUAUCUAAAAUAUGAACCUGAUGAAUAUAGAAUGGGCAAUACAAAGUUGUUUAUAAGAUUCCCUAAGACAUUAUUUGAAACAGAAGAUGCAUUUCAAAUAAAGAAACAUGAAAUUGCUACAAUAAUUCAAAAUAAAUGGAGAUCUAUACUUACUCGACGAAAAUUUUUAAAAAUAAGAGAAAAUAUAAUAGUAUUACAAAAAUAUAUUCGUAGAUGGCUUGCACAGCGUGAAGCAAAAAAAAGACGUCAAGCUGUAAUUUCUAUACGCAAAUUUAUUAAAGGGUUUAUUACAAGGAAUGGUCCACCAACUGUAGAAAAUAUGAUUUUUAAAGAAUUGGCAAAAUCACAAUGGCUUCUCAAACUUUCCAUGAAUCUUCCUGAAAGUUUUUUAAAUCCUGAAUGGCCACCAUGUCCAUCAUCUUGUCAAGAAGCUUCAAAAUAUCUAAAAGUAAUGCAUAAAAGGUGGAUGGCACGAAACUAUAGGUUAGCCUUAACACAAAAGGAAAAAACACAAUUUGAAUUAAAAGUUCUUGCUGAAAUUCUAUUUAAGAAUAAGAAAAAGUCAUAUCCAAUGAGUAUAGGUCCAAAAUUUCGAAUUAACCGGCUAAAUGAAGAACAGAAAGCAUUAAUUAAAAAUAUUACUAAUUCGAUUCUUACAACUAAUGAAAAAAUUGAGUAUAUAGCUCCAGUAAUUAAAUAUGAUCGACAUGGAUAUAAAACUCGAGAUAGAAUUUUAUUGUUAACUAAACAAGCAGUAUAUAUACUAAACAUAAAAAAAACAUUAAAACUAAAACAUCGAUUACCUUAUGAACAUAUAGAUGAACUUGUCGUUACCGGAGAAUCAGAUAAUCUUUUAAUUUUGCGAAUAUCACCUAAUCUUAAAAAAGACAAGGGGGAUCUAAUAUUAGAAGUAUCAUUUAUAAUAGAAACAGUAACAAAAAUAAUUAAUAUUACAAAUAAUCAAAAGAUGUUAAAAAUAAUUAAUGCUGAUACAACUUUUCAUAAGUUAAUAAAUGGUAAAGAAGGUGUUAUUGAAUUCAAGAUGGGAAAUGCACCAGCGAUUAUUAAAAACCAAGAAAGUGGUCAUCUCUUAGUGAUUGCUUCUCAAUAGUAUUUGGAUUAAAAGAGAUAAUAUAUAAUAUAUAUGAGUUUAUGCAUAAAUCCCUGAAUAAACCUCAUAUUUCCUAAAAUUAAAAAAUAUAUAUUAAAGACAUCUUGCGUAAUUAAUAAAUCAAAAACAAUUAUAUUUUUAAA